UGUGUUACCUAAUCAUGAAGCGGCCUUAGACGUCAACAACAAUCCUUCUUCUGUUGCGAACUAUCGUCCCUCAUCUUGCUUUACAGCCACCCAUGGCGCAGGUCUACCGUCAAUUGCUGCACUGGACGAAGUGUCACUUCCAUCCUGAGGCGGACCACAAUGUCGAUAUAAAUGAAGGGGAGGUUAACCGAAGCAAAGUCAUUGACCAUUAUUUGAAUAGUGUAGCAUUACGCCCCACAAGCCGACGAGAAUCUAAGAAACAGUGGAGCUUGGCCCUCGAUGAGAGUGGGGAUAUGCCAGACAGCGCAGAGCAACUCCUAGACGACUACGCCCUGGCGCUAAAUAUCACAUCCCCGAAUACUGUUGCUAUGCGUUGCCGCAUUGACGCUGUUCUGCUGUCGAUUCUAGCCACUGCAAAGAAGGAAGAAACCAACGCUCGCGAACACACUGCACCGGACGCCGAAGACAGUCCGUAUCUAGCCUUUCUGCCGAAAGUUUCUAUGCUACAUACCAUCAAGGGAAAACGCUAUACUCUGGAGUGUAAUGCCGACAACAUCCUAUGGUACGGUGACCGCGAUGAACUAGACACCAACCUACUUGUUGUUCGCAAGGAAAGUCCCUUGGAUACUGGAGAUUACUCAACGCUUGCGCCCAUGGUCAUGAUCCACCGUGCCCACAGACUUGCCGGGCGUAAAACUGAGAUCUAUGGUAUCUGUACCGAUAGUUGCCAAUGGAACUUCAUACACAUCAACAAAAAGGGCCGGGUACGUGAGCCUCAUGCUUUGUAUAAGGCUCACGUUCAUGUUUUCAGGUCUCCCAUUUAUCACUGUACUGGUUGCAUGACCAGCGGCAGAUUACCAAACAGGUUCGCAGCAUUAUCCGCCAGGCAGUUACCCUUCAUCAAAAAGCAAGUGGAAGUUCGAGACAAUUGAGAACUUGCAGUGAAUUGACCGGAUGCAAGGUCUCGUAUCAGAGUGAGCAGAGCGACAACUUCGAUGUCAUACUGGAAUGACUUCUAUAUAUGUCGUGAUGAGAAAUUGAUGAGGACAUUACAGGCAUUUCGUGAAAAGGUAUCAGGAACAAAAUCAAUCUAGGAAUUGAUAUCACCUGAUGAUAAUUGUAAUCCUAGAGCGUAGCUAAUCUUUAGGCUCACAUUAUUAUAGAAUCGAUAAAGUCGCAGCACCUUCAACAUGUUGUCAUCCUCAACCAUUAAAGUGGCUCCACCCUCGAAACACAUCGUCGAGUCAU